CGCACCUGUGCGCUGCAGGCACCUGCUGCGCCGCCUUAGAGGAAAAGGGAUGGCAGGUUCGGUGGCGCUCGGGUCGGGCCGCCCCGUCCGCGCUGAGUCCGGUCCCUCUGGUGAGGGGCUGCGGUGAAGCCCCAGGCUCUCGGCCUCUGCUGCAGACUCGCGGGCCCAGCCUGCCUCCAACUAGCUUCCAAGCUAGGGCCGGGCACCAGCCUUGCAUCACCUCGGGACAGCGUGAAUGCUGAGGACAGAAGAGUUUGAUGACACAGCAUUGAAGUUCUUUGUUUGGAGUACGCGUUAUGAACCCUUUGUGGAGCAUGUCUUCGGGCUCCGUUCGCAAACGAGCUGAAGGUGAAGAGAAGACAUUAGCAGGGGAUGUGAAAACCAGUCCUCCACGAAGUGCACCUAAAAAGCAGCUACCUUCUAUUCCCAAAAAUGCUCUGCCCAUAUCGAAGCCUACAUCACCUGCCCCAGCAGCGCAGUCAACAAAUGGCACCCAUGCCUCUUACGGACCCUUCUACCUGGAAUAUUCACUCCUUGCAGAAUUCACAAUGGUAGUGAAGCAGAAGCUGCCAGGAGUCUACGUACAGCCAUCUUACCGCUCUGCGUUAGUGUGGUUUGGAGUAAUAUUCAUACGGCACGGGCUGUACCAGGAUGGCGUGUUCAAGUUUACGGUGUAUAUCCCUGAUAACUACCCAGACGGCGACUGUCCACGCUUGCUGUUUGAUAUUCCCGUCUUUCACCCGCUAGUUGAUCCCACCUCGGGUGAGCUGGAUGUGAAAAGAGCAUUUGCAAAGUGGAGGCGGAACCAUAACCAUAUAUGGCAGGUGUUAAUGUAUGCAAGGAGAGUCUUCUACAAGAUCGACACAACAAGCCCCCUGAACCCAGAGGCCGCAGUACUGUAUGAAAAAGACAUUCAGCUUUUUAAAAGUAAGGUGGUUGACAGUGUUAAAGUCUGCACUGCCCGUCUGUUUGACCAGCCGAAGAUAGAGGACCCCUAUGCCAUUAGCUUUUCUCCAUGGAACCCUUCUGUACACGAUGAGGCCAGAGAAAAGAUGCUGACUCAGAAAACUUAAGCUUUACUUUCAGCCUGAAAGAAAACAUGGUUACCUGGCUCCGGGCCUGUGGCUGAGUCCUGUAACAGCGCAUGAUAUUCUGGAAGGACUUGUCUUCUUUUGUGACCUACAAACAGUGAGACUACUUAGAUCCUCAUCAGGCAUGACAGUGAGCAGCUCAGUGGACCUGUCGCCACUCUAUUCAAUGACUGUAUAGUAAACAAGCAACCGUUCAUGGAGACCUGAACUCUAGUAAGGAGCCAGCAUGUCCUCCAUAACCUGGAGUAGAACAGCUCAGUAACACAGCUGAAACGCUGCCUCCAAGUGGAAGUUGUUAGAUCUGAACCAGCAAAGGAGAAAACAAAGCACACACUUAUCUAAGGACGAAGUGUAUUGUCUGAAGAACAGAAAAAAGAAACAGCCUCAGAAAACUGUUGGACACUAGUUAGCGUAUCAGAGUUCAUGGAACCAGAGCGUUAGAGGAGGAUAGAGGAAGAGAAACAAGGAGAGAUGUUCAAAGAAAUGAAGAGCAAGCUGAGCAGCAUGGUGGGCAGGAACAGAGCAAGAGUUUUAGGCCACUUGGGCUACAUAACAGGAUGCUGGGGUCAAAAGGGGGUGAUAGCACCCAAGUUCACUUUAAAACAUUAAUGUAUACAUCCAGAAGGAGCAAGAAACAGUAGGCGAAUUGAGAGAUCCAUAUAGGGUCUACUAUAUCAUCAAAACCAUUUUCCCUUCACAGGGAAGGUCCAAUAGAGUAAGAGCUUACUUCUCUUCAGAGACUAGAACGACAGAUUCAGAGUAGGCAGAAAGGAAACAUCCUGACACUGCAAAACAUUCUUCAGAAGUGAAUAAACAGUUUGCUGCUAACAGCAAUACCACAGAAAGUGCUGAAAACAGAUAACACAAAUGCACAUGAAAAAGGCCAGCAUACUUGUAAAUAUUAACAUAUUGCAAGGAUGGUAAAUGCAUAUUCUUAAUUAAAAAGAAUGAUUGUAUAAAA